GGCGAGCAAAAUGGGACUUGCCGGCACGCAUCCAAGUGGUUUACCCUUCUUUUGCGGAAACGGUGACCACUUAACGCAACCACCGCCAGCACACAUGGGGAUCCCACCUUAUGGAGCGUUGGACGCGGGGAAGGCGGCUGCGGCUGCCGGUGAGUACUGGCCAGCACCCCAACACGGUCCAUCCUCACACCCUGCACACUGGAAACGACUUCUUGCAGCAGCAGCCUCCACAGGUUUGACGAGGGCGCCGAUGUAUCCAUUCUCGACGGGCCAGUAUCCGUACCCUAUGUUGAGUCCAGAUAUGACGCAAGUUGCAUCGUGGCAUACACCAAGCAUGUAUCCUAUAUCUCCAGCAAGCGCAGGGUUUAGGAGUCCGUAUCCUACAAGUUUACCAAUCACAAGUUCCAGCUUACCAAGUGAUCUUUAUCGGUUUUCACCAACGGGCCUUAUGCCUCCUCAUCCAGGACUGAGUCCGCACGCACACGCACUAGCGUCUCACGCGUUAGUAUCUUCAGCACCUAAAGCGGAUCACUCUACCUUGGAUCAUAAUCACAGGUCUUCAAUGGAUCAAAAAAACUCGUCGUCUUUGUCUUCGGAUAUCACAAAAGCUCAAGAUACUGGCCAACAGAACAAUCAAGAUAAGAAGAAACCCCACAUAAAGAAGCCUUUAAACGCUUUUAUGCUGUAUAUGAAAGAGAUGAGAGCGAAAGUGGUGGCAGAGUGUACCUUAAAAGAGAGUGCUGCAAUAAACCAAAUUUUAGGAAGACGGUGGCAUUCGCUAAGCCGUGAGGAGCAGGCGCGGUAUUAUGAGGCGGCCAGGCAGGAGCGCCAUCUCCAUCAGCAGCGCUACCCCGGCUGGAGUGCCAGGGAUAACUACGGAUACGGCAGCAAGAAGAAGAAGAGGAAGAAAGAACGCUCCGCAGAUCCCACCGGAGGUAAUAAUAUGAAAAAAUGUCGCGCGAGGUAUGGAUUAGAUCAACAAAGUCAAUGGUGCAAACCUUGCAGGCGUAAGAAGAAAUGUAUCAGAUACAUGGGUGAGGGAGGAGAUGGUGACGUUGAAGGUGACGGCGACGGUGAAGAUGAUCACUCGGAAGACAACUUAGGGAGCGUCGGAGAAGCGGGGACUCCGGAAGAUGACGAGUCGCUGAGUAGUCCUGGUGGAUUAUCGGCGUUAUCAAGUUUGGCGAGUCCUUCGUUGGUGCUGCCAUCACCAGCGAGCUUGGCAAGUCCGUGUCCGUGUCCACUGACGCCUCCAGUGGCGCCCCAGUCGUCGAUAUCGAUGAAUCAAAACCCAGUGCCAAUUCCGCACCGCAAUCCAGUGGGAACUAACCCACAUGAUAUAAACAAUCCGCUCAGCGUUAAUCAAUUAACUGGUCAGUGUAUAAAGAGUGAAGUUAAUCAGGCGCCCUCGGGUCCUUCUAAUCCGGCGAUCAGUGUUACGUAG